GUGAAUUCUAUGACCUCCCAGAGGGUUUCACAGGUUCUGAGACUUCAGGAUCAGUUAUUGCUUUGGCAUUUUAUGAUGGAUUAUGGGCUUUUGAUGGAUGGAAUAGCCUCAAUUAUGCCAUAGAGGAACUUAAAAAUCCAUACAGAAAUUUACCUCUGGCAAUAAUAAUUGGGAUUCCCCUUGUCACCGCUCUGAAUAUUCUAACGAAUGUCUCAUAUCUGGCUGUUAUGACAAAACGGGAGCUCUUACAGUCAUCUAUAGUCGGUGGGUUAUGGGCUGAUCGAGUUCUUGGGGUUGCUGCCAUUAUAAUACCAAUUUCUGUGGCCAUGUCAACGUUUGGCGCAACAAAUGGAAUUUGUUUCACAAGUGGGCGAUUGACUUACGCUGCAGCCAGAGAGGGUCAUCUCCCACAGGUUCUCUCCUAUCUUCACAUCAGGAAGAAAACUCCUGUCAUCUCCCUUAUAUUCUUAGCAAUAAUUGCUUUGAUCAUGAUAAUACCAGGAGAAAUAUCUUCACUAAUUGAUUUCUUCAGUUUUACUGCCUGGCUUUUCUAUGGACUGGCUUUCUUAUCGCUUAUAGUAAUGAGGUUUACAAAGAAAGAUGAGCCCAGACCUUUCAAGGUUUUCAUCCUUGUACCAGUUGUAAUGCUCAUCAUCUCCGUAUAUCUGGUGGUAGCACCAAUUGUACAAAAUCCCGAUUUGGGUUUUCUCUACGCCUUCCUUUUAAUCAUCGGAGGACUUAUCUUCUAUUUCAUUUUUCUCCACUUCAAAGUCCAGUUGCCAUGCAUGGAAGCCUUUACUGAAUUUAUUCAAAAGUUUGCGUGUGUUGCUCCAUCAAAAUAUAAGCCACCUGACCAUUCCAAAGACAACAAGCUUUAAGCAUCAAAAUUGGUAAAAACAAAUAUUCUGCCAUUUGGAAUUAAAUUUUAAUUCCAUGAAAGUUUCAGGAAGAAAAAAA